AACUCCAUCGCCAUUUGCAAAUUCUUCCACGACAAACAACACAUAUACUUGGCAGAGUAGUUAGCAUUUUGUUUCAGACUGUUGCAUAGCCAUUAAUUAAUUAAGAUGGCAAUUUUCCAAGGAAUUGUGUUGCUCAUAGUCAUAUUACUAAGACCAAUGGCUGCGGCAGCUACAGUUGGAGGAACAGAAGAACAUGAUGAGUGCAUCAUGCCAACAAGUUGCCGUAAACAUCACGGCCCUGAAAUCCGAUUCCCUUUCCGGCUUAUAGGGAAACAGCCCGUGCACUGUCCUGGCUUUGAUCUUUCUUGCAUUCCUCACAGCAAAUACCCUAUGCUCCAGCUGCCAAAUUCUGUGAAUGUGUCUGUGAAGAAAAUCGACUACAAAUCUCAGACCAUAUAUAUAUCAGACCCCCAUGGAUGCUUCCCACGACAGCUUCAAAACCUCAACUUAUCUGCCUCUCCCUUCCAAUUCCGACACUAUUUCUCCUACUACCACGACCAGCAAGUUAGCUUCAUCAAUUGUUCCCAGGCACUAGAUCAAAAAUAUUUUUUUUCUGGGUCGCGGAUUGCUUGCCUUAGUGACCGGCGUCACCAUGUUUAUGCUGCAUUGUAUGGGUCGAUGGCAGAAUUAUCUUGCACAAAAAUGUAUAACACGUCACUUCCAGCUGAAAAUUUUGAUUAUGGUGCUGGCCUCAUCAGAUUGGAUGUUCUUCAAUUGAAUUGGAGUAAACCCAUAUGUGGGAACUGUGAAGCACAAGGUAAGUAUUGUAGAUUCAAGAAUAACAACAGCAGCAACAGCAGCAGUAGCAGUACUAGUAGCAGUAGCCAAUUAUUAUUAAAUGAAUCAACUGAAUGCUUUGACAAGCCCAAACAACCAUCUAUGGGUGCAUUGACGAAACUAGAGAUUGCAGGGGCAGUCCUAGGUCUAACUCUUCUUGUUGUAGUUGUCAUUGCAAUAUAUCAUGUCUAUAGAUCAAACAAAAUGAAGAAAGAGGAUCAAGUAAAGAUUGCCAAAUUUUUAGAGGAUUACAAAGCUCUCAAGCCUGCAAGAUACUCUUACGCAGAUAUCAAGAAAAUAACAAAUCAAUUUCAAGACAAAGUAGGCCAAGGAGGUUACGGAAUAGUAUACAAGGGAAAGCUUUCCAAUGAUAUUCAUGUUGCAGUCAAGAUCCUCAACAAUGUGAAAGGAAAUGGGGAUGAGUUCAUUAAUGAAGUGCAAACAAUGGGUAGAAUCCACCAUAUCAAUGUGGUUCGCUUGGUGGGAUACUGUGCUGAUGGAUUCAGAAGAGCUCUCCUUUACGAGUUCUUACCAAACAAUUCGCUUGAAAAGUUUAUAUCCUCUGAUAAAGAGAAGCGUUCACUUGGUUGGAAGAAGCUACAAGAUAUAGCUCUUGGCAUAGCUAAAGGAAUUGAAUAUCUUCACCUUGGGUGUGAUCAACGAAUCUUGCACUUCGAUAUUAAGCCUCAUAACGUCUUGUUGGACGACAAGUUUAAUCCAAAGAUCUCUGAUUUUGGUCUAGCAAAAUUGUGUUCAAAGGAACAAAGUGCUGUAUCCAUGACUACUGCUAGGGGGACUGUGGGCUACAUUGCACCUGAAGUGUUCUCCAGGAACUUUGGGAAUGUGUCAUACAAAUCAGAUGUUUAUAGUUUUGGGAUGUUGUUGCUAGAUAUGGUUGGAGGGAGGCAAAAUACAUUAACACAGAACAUGAGUGAGUGUUACUUUCCAGAAUGGAUAUACAAACGUUUGGAUCAAGAAGAAGAUCUGGGAAUUCAAAUUGAGGAAGAUGGGGAUGCAAAAAUUAUAAAGAAACUAACAAUUGUGGGACUUUGGUGCAUACAAUGGUAUCCAGUGGACCGCCCAUCGAUGAAAGUUGCGGUGCAAAUGUUAGAAGGAGAUGGAGACACUCUAACAGUUCCUUCCAGUCCAUUUGCCUCCACAAAACCAAUGCCAACGAUGGAAACAAUGGGUGGGAGAACUUUCAAUAGCGAGUUAGAAGCAGCACUGUGCUUUAUUAGGAUUAUAAGAAAGUCCCGGACCUGGCAGAAAAUUUAAUAAACCCUACUGCUGGCUUACUUCAGGAAAAGCACCAUGGAGUUUUAAUAACAGGACUCCAGCUCUGCAUAGAUCUAUGAACAACCCGUGCAGAGGCUCUUGAAUAUUUUAGAAAGUAGGCAUGAAGUUUUGUAAAGGAUGAAGUAUGGCAUGCCCUAAUUGUUGUGAUAAGCAAUGCUUCUAACGUCCAUGGAUAUACUGUACGGUCUCUCUACAAAGCAGUCCAAACAUCAGGUGAUCAGAAAGUCUUCAUCGAGUGGCCGUUUGGUGCAUUGGAGAAUAUGGUGAAAUGUUAGUCAAUAAUGCUGGAAUGCUUGGCAUAGAAGAACCAAUAAUUAUAUUUCCGGAGUAGGAGUUUGCUUCUUGUGGAUUUCAUGCUUGUGAAGAAUGCCACUAAUUUUUGUUUUUGUACCACGGAGAAUGCUGAGGAAAACUUUUAAUUUUGAUUUAUGUUAUUUUGAAUUAUGAAUAACAUUUUGUAUUUAAACAUUAUAUAUGUAUUAUGGAACAUUAUGUACUGGGUUAAUUUUGUGGAUGUAUAGUUAUGAAUGCAAGAAUAUGUUUAUUAUGGAGAAA